ACAAGUGCUCUGAGCCCUCACCCACCAUGCCUGCGCGGCUCUGUACUAGGCUCGGCAUCGACAAUGUUCACAGGCUUCUGUCGCCACUGCCGCCUGCUUCCAGCCCAGCCGACACUUUCAGGGCUGUUGGCUUGGUAGCUGUCACUAUAGUGGGGACCUACUCACUGCCAUCAGCAACUCACACUUGGUACGAUCUACCGCAACAUGACCAUCACGACCAAUGGCUCUGCGAUAGGCCCGGCCGCCCACCGCGGGCCAAGGUCAUACCGUCUGAGACAUGCAUCCUACGUCCACGGCACAAGGCCGGUCAAUCGAAACAGAUGUUUAUUCCCCGCCUCGCCUUAUAGGAACUGCCUACGGAGAGCAUACAGAAUGUAUCAACGAGACCACAGGCUGGCAACACGGGUCGAGGUACCUCAUGGUCACCUGGGACCCCGGCCACUACGACUCCCAUCACCGAUCAGGCAAUAUCCACCUCCCCCAACAGGCAAAGUGCCAUACUCGGCAUCGACGACACGCCCUCGACUGUGUCAGCAAGACUGUCUGACGCGUGGCUUGGUCCAUGCUGUCCACGACGCGACCCCGAGUGUGGCUCUAGUAGCUAUGGCGGCUCAGCUGGCUACCGUCUGCUUGGCCCAUCGCCCAGGAUAGGGGACUGCCUCUCAAGGGUGCUCCCUCUCGGCAUGUCAAAUCCAACUAUGGUGUGCGUUUAGCCUAGCAGGAAAUCAAGAACACCUCAACGCCACCCAAUCAUAAGUCAUAAAGCCGCCGUGAAGACG